AUGCCCAUCUCACCACUAUGGGCUCUUAUGCCCCGCGGCGACCAUUCCUCAUCGCCAGAGAGCGAUCAGUCUUCGUCUUCGGGCACCACGGGAAAUGUAUAUCCCUCAGAUUCAUUUGCAGAUGAUCUGUUCCGUGAUAAGUUCAUGAGCAUCGCCAAGGGAGGCUCCAAUGGGGAGAAAAUCAUGCGUGGCUUUCUGAUCGGUCUCGCCAUUGGCCUGGUUGUCGCAUGCUUCGUUUGCUGUUGGUACCCAUGCUGUCGACCCCGACUCCAAAACCAGCGGCGAAGACAACGAAGGCGCCGGGGCCCCCCCGCAGCAGACGAAGAGGAAAAUGCAGCAAGCCGUGUGCCUCCUCCUGCAUAG